GCGCCGUCCCGAGUCGGGGCGGGACGGGCGGGGGUACCCGCUCCUGUGUGGCGGCGGCGGCCUGAGGAGGGGCGCCGAGGAGCCGGGCGGAGGGAGGGGGCCGAGCCAUGGAGCCGCGGCUGUGAGGAGCCUCCCCCGGCCCGGGCCCCGCCUGUGGGCAGCCGCCGGGCCGAGGCCGGAGCCGGAGGACAUGGACAAACUGACCAUCAUCUCAGGAUGCCUCUUCCUGGCCGCAGACAUCUUCGCCAUCGCCAGCCUGGCCAACCCGGACUGGAUCAACACGGGCGAGUCCGCGGGAAACCAGGGUUUGCUGGUGUUUGGAGGAUCUGGUGUAGUCAGAAGCAGUUUGGCUGUCAAAGGUAUUUCCACCGGUACGAAACCAGUGGGCGUCGGUUCCUCGUCGCUCCUUUUCAUUUGCCGUGGAUGCGGCUUGCGUGACAUGAAAAGAAAGAUGCUGAUUCUGUUCUGCAUGGCAGCGCUAAUAUUCCCAAUAGGUUUUUACAUCAACGAAGUGGGCGGCCAGCCAUAUAAACUGCCGAACAACACCGUGGUCGGGUCGUCCUAUGUCCUCUUUGUCCUAUCCAUUUUCUUUACGAUAGUCGGACUUCUAUUCGCUGGGAAAGUGUGCCUGCCGGGCUGAUGACCACCUACGCCAGCUUCACUCGGUCAUGAAGGAGAGCAGAGCGUCGAGCGCGUUCUCGGGAGGGUGCCUGCGUCGAGCUGUCGUGGUUUUAUCAUCAACGAGGAGGUCUCUGACGUUGGUCUCACUAUGCACUUUGAUUAUUUUUUUAUGAAAAAAGAAAAAAAAGAUAUGCGGAGAGCCUUUCCCAUAAACCAAAUACAGCCAACUGUCACUCGUCCUCCUGAGCGCCUGGGAGACGUCAGGCGCGGCACUGUGAUAAGGAACGAGCGGAGGAGGAUACUCGACAGCCGAGCAGAGGAGAAUUCUCGACCACCGAGCGACAUCUCUCGCCCCUCGCCGUCACUGUACUGUGUGCCAGUUUUUAAAUGUCUUUGACAGUUUUGAAAGUCUCAACAACAACAACAAAAAAAGUAUUUAUGAACUUUGGUCAACCAGAGGUUGCCCAAGGAUGUUGGUGUGGGGCUGGCCCCACCGCUGAGUAGAUUAGUAUCUUCCUUCUGUGACAGGCAAAGGAGUGUUUGCCACCAAGAAACAAAAAGAGAAGAAAGGUCCAUUUCAAACUAACUGCACCCCGAAGCCAAGAGAUCAAACGAGGUUCUCGGAAGUCUGUUACAACAAAACACACGCCUGCCGUUCUUCCUCUUGUCUGCCCCCGUGAGCUGUAGGAAACACCAAGGAACUUUGGGGUGGGUGGAAGAAUGGGAAUCCUUCCUUUAUAUUUAUAUAAAUAUAUAUAUACAUAUUUUGCUGAUGCAGUAUACUGAAUGUGUAUACAUAUGUGUGUGUGUGUGUAUAUAUAUAUAUAUAUACACAAACACACAAAGAAAGUUUCUGGAAGAGAACUCCAAACGCUUUGCUAGUGAAACACUGUGGUGUGCGAAACGCGAUAGGAAGAAAAAGGAAAGGAAAAACACACAAACACACAAAGCCAUUUCCCUGAAGGCUGCCGAGCUGACGGGUCUUCAGUUUACCUCAAUCUGUGUAGCAGCCCUUGAUUUUAACAGGUCUGUUUUUAUCCCUCCCUAUGCUAAGGUACAAACCCAUGCCUUUCUAGGGGCCAUUUUUAAGUUAAGCUAAGGUUUCUGUGUACGGUAAUUUAUUUGUACGUUGCCAGGAAUAGAAGACAGCAUCAUGUCAUAACCCUCAAAGGUCAACCCCCCCCCCAGUUGGGAUAAAGCACUCCUUUAAAUUGGGAGCAGCUGUUGUAUUCCAGGUAUGGUCACCUGUGGCUCUCUGUUUGGCACGAUUUGGACUUUUCUCAUUACAUUAAUGUGAGUUUCUACCCUGGAAUAUCUGCCACAGAGAGAGAUCUCCACUUGAUUGCAACUUGGGAAGAUGACAGCGCAAUGGGACAGUAUUAAGUGAAAGCCCCCAUUUGUUACCAAAAAGGGUGCCAGCCUAGCGAUUGGUGCUCCCAAGUCUUGUUUCGGUGUACGGAACUAUAACUGGGCUGUUGCGGUUUGUAGCGUCAGAUGUCCCUUCCUAUAUUCACUCAGAACCCAGUAUUACUGAGUUAGAACCCUCUUUUUAUGCAGCAACAACAUAGAGAAUCUUCGGCUGCUGUAGUUUGGGACCUCAACAUUGUGAAGAACUGCAGCUGAAAUUAUUUUAAAAUUAAACGAAAAUGGGUCAGUGAUCACUGCCGGGUGCUUUUUGACAUAACACUAACCUGAGGGCGCAUGCAUCAUCGUCAGCAGGAUCAUUUAUGUGGGAUUCUCUGGCAAGUCAUAGGAGAAGUGUAAGGUUUGCUACGGGGUGCUACUGGCUAAUGCCAUAAUCGGCACAAGACAAAGGAAACGAAGGGAGUUCUUCCUCCAAUAUGGAGGUAGAUCUUUGCCAGAAGCUGAAAUCCGCCGGUAUGUUUUUUUCCUGCUCUCUACCCCUCCCACUUGAUUCUGAGAUGUGGAGUUCUCAGUCGUGGGUGGACGGGGUACAGUUUGUAAACAUUGUGCAAAUCAUUCUAACUUUCCCAUCACAGUAUUAUUGCAAGGGGCUAACUUGGCAACGUUACCAGAUUUUCCUCUGUAGGAUCGACGGUUGGUUCUCUGGUGUUGUUUCGGUCUUGUUUCUGUUUGUCCAAGCAAGAAUUCACAGACACUCAUGUAUUCUCGUAGCUUUCUGGAAAAUAUACUCCUCCCUUGGACUGCCUGGUUUAGAUUCAAAUUAUUUCCAAAUUUGUAUCUCGACGGGGUGGUGGGGGUGGGGGUGGUAGAAGUUUGAGUCUUUGCAAGAAAUUCCUCCCAGAGUUCUAAGGACCAUCAGAGCAUUCUUGAGGUUUAAUUAGUCUUUUCCCCACAUGGAGGACUGUUACUUAACACUGAACGACAUGACUGAGUUCUCACUUUCGGUACCCAAAGGGGAAAAUCCUGAACGGGUUGUAGCUUUAACAGGCUUUGAUCGGCAACAACGGCUACUCUUUCAAAAGGCUUGUGGCCAGUAGUUCCGUGGGGUAAUUUUGGAGCCAGCAUUGUCUCGAUUAAGCUCCCCUUCCAGGUCUGCUAGCCAGCUUGGUUCAGUUGCAGCCAGUGUUUGCGGUCUUCUCAGCUGCUGGGUCUUUUUCACAGCUGCCCAAACCUCGAAAUGAGGCUGAGGACGUCUCCAUAAUCACUUCGCCCCAUCACAGGAAGCACACGCCUCGCUUGAUUUUCGCAGGCUAGUCUGCUGCUCAAAGCACAGGGGAAGGGCCGAGAGAGUGGGAAACACCUUCAUGCCCCAAUUAAUUGUAUGACUCCGAUACCCUUUGCAGUUAGGAUGCAAAGCAUUUAGCAUCGCAGAAAGGUACGUGGAGUUACAGCUGGGACGACAGCCCUAAAAUUCAGUUCUGGCUCUUCUUGCCCCAACCUCAACCCCCAUCCCCAGCCUUCUCUGUAGCUCCCCCCCUCCACCUCAUUUGCAUUUUGGCCCCUUCUGCACAUGCAGAAUAAUGCACUUUCAAUCCACUUUGCAGCUGGAUUUUAUUUUGCUGAAUAGUAAACAAUUGUGAAAGUGGAUUGAAUGUUCAUUAUUCUGCAUGUGCGGAAGUAAAAAGCACCAUACUUCAUGGCUGCAAAGUGGGAGGGGAGUAUCUUGUAUUCUUUUCUGAAUUAUUCACCCUAUGGGAAAAUGCUGCCGGUUAACUGGGUAGUCACUGGGUUAUGACUUGCAUAGACCAUGUUGCAUCCUGCUCUCCAAAUGAAUCAGGUGCACCGAUUCUCUCUUUUUCGCCCCCAUUUCCUUAAGAUAACACAGAAUAAAAUUUCUUCCACUACAUGAAAGAAUCACUAACCUGACUUAGGGAUGUACAAAUGAUGCUGAAACAAUUGUACAUUUUAAAAAACACUACCAGUAGAUGUUUGUUCAGAUUUAUGGGGGGGGAAAGGCAGAGAGGAAUCCAUGACGCUUUCUUGAGCCUUGAGCCAAUUUGUGGUUUGAUUCUAGUUUUCUAGAUUGCGACAUAAGGAGUCUGUCCCAGUAGAUCCUGGAAAGUUACAGUGGCUAGACCACUUGAGGUUUUAGGAACGGUAGGGCUUUACCAAAUGUAACCAAUGUAACCCCUUUUCCUCAAGACAUAUCUGAAAGCAUCUGGAUGCUUUUACAUGUUCAGUUCUCAAAUUUUAAAGCAGAGAAUUUUUAGAAAUGGGAGAGACGGCCUUCCCGGCCUUUAGACCGUGAAACUGAUUUGCAAGGGGCGGGCUUCAGUUCUAAAUCAUACCUGAGAAAGUAGCCCCCCUAGACCACAAAACUGAGCAACUCCUGGAUCUGGUGAACAGUGAGCCAAAGGAAACGGGAAAAGAGCAGGGUCAAACCCCCAACACGGUUGCUUGUGGGACUGUUUGCAGGUAGAACCACAAAGGAGACCAAAUCAGCCAAGAAACAGGGGGCUUCUAUAUUGUGGACAUUGUGUUAACAAGAAUUGGACAUCACCUGUUGAUACAACUGAGGUCACAUGUUUACGCAGCUGACCUUAGGACAAGGUUGGAGGAAGGCAUAGCAAAGAUUUAUACCCCGUGCUUGUUACCGCGCCCCCAUCUGGUCCAAUAUAUUUGCUCAUUACGGAGGAAGAAGAUUUAGUGUUCAACCAUCCUCAGGCUAUGGCUGAGUAGAAACUAGGUUCAAUUGGGGGAGCAAAUCACCAGAAAGCUGUCCCACAAGUGCGUGAGAAAAAGAACUAAAAAGCACCUCGUGGUGAUCUUUCCCAGUCAUCACCUAAAACCAGGGUUGUCAGCUCUGGGGUGGGAAAUAUGUGGUUUUGUGGGUGGAGCCUGAGAAGGGCGGAGUUUGGGGAGGGAGAGAUACAAAGCAGUAGAACCCGCCCUUCUAAUGAUGAACUCUCUGUCACCUGAAAAUCUCCAGCUGCCACCUGGAGGUUGGCAACGCUACCUAAAACUAAGUUGGGGCAAGUAAGAGAAGGAGCUCUGCGUUCAGCCAGUCUAGGAGUAAAAGUUUAACCAGCCCACAAGCAUUUGGAGGGAAAUAAUAUAUAUCUCCUGGUGGGAAAAUGCAUAGAAAUUUGGUGUUUUCACUCAGUGGUUUAAACAAGAAUAUUUUCGUAGCGGGCAGGGGAGAGAGAAAGAAAGAAUUCCAGUAAUUAAAAGAAGGUGGGAGAAAAGGUCAAUAAUUAAUUAAAUAAGAUCAAAAAAAGGCAGUAUUAACUUAUGGCAGAAAGAUCAUAUCUUGUAAACUGU